UCGUGGGGUGGCAUCUCUGGUCUUCAGGCUUUUCUGAUUCGGUGUUUGGAAAAAGAUUUAAAAUGUUAAAUUAAAUGAAGACUUUGCGAGCGAACAAUGAAUAAAACUCUGUGAAACGGGUGGCGGGGAAACAAUGGGCGAGUGAAAACAGCGAAAAAGUUGGCGGAAUACAGUGACACAGAGCGUAAAUAAGGAGAGGUAGUCGAAAAAAUCGAUUUUUUGAGUGCAGGAUGCUGAAAUUUUAAAAGGAUUCUGAUAUUGUAGAGAAGAAACCUCAGAAAUGCCGGAGAACCUGGAGCUGCAGCAGUUCCAGGAGGGCGCCCCGCCCCCAGAUCCCGCCCCCCGUUGGCUGGAGCGCCUGCAACGACGUUUGGGCGCCAAUUGUCCCUAUUUAGGCAUUCUGCUAGCCACGCUCUCCUCGCUUUUCUUCUCGUUAUGCUCGGUGAUUGUCAAGGGACUGGUCGAUGUGAAUCCCAUGGAGCUGGCUUCGUUCCGUUUCGUGGGAGUCCUUCUGCCGGCGCUUCCCAUCCUGAUCUACACCCGACAGCCAGUUUUUCCGGAGGGCAAGCGGGUGAUCCUGCUGCUGCGCUGCUUCAUGGGCACCACGGGUCUAAUGCUCAGUUUCUACGCCUUCCGGCACAUGCCCCUGGCGGAUGCAAGUGUCAUAAUCUUCUCCACGCCCGUUUUUGUGGCCAUUUUCGCGAGGGCCUUCCUAAAAGAGCCAUGCACGCUGUUUAAUGUCCUAACCAUCAACAUGACUUUGGUCGGGGUGGUCUUGAUUACACGGCCACCCUUUGUUUUUGGAGAUUCUGGAGAAAGUGAGGAUGUCUCUGGAAAAACGUACGACAUCUGGGGACCCGUGGCCGCCAUUUCAUCCACACUGUUUGGCGCCAACGUAUAUAUUCUGCUGCGUGCCCUCAAAAACCUGCACUUCUCCGUGAUCAUGACGAACUUUGGAACCAUUGCCCUGGUCUACACCCUGAUCGUUUGUGGAUCCAUUGGAGCGGUAUGCUGGCCCAGCUGUGGAAGGGAUCGCUGGCUGGUCGUGGUCCUUGGCGUCUUCAGUUUCCUUGGACAGAUCCUGCUCACCUUAUCCCUGCAGAUUGAGCAGGCCGGACCGGUGGCCAUCGCCCGCUGCGCAGACAUCGUGUUCGCCUUCAUCUGGCAGAUGCUCUUCUUCGGGGAGACGCCCACCGCCUACUCCAUGGUGGGUGCCGUCAUGGUGAUGGGAUCCGUAGUCCUGACGGCUCUCAAAAAGUGGGCAGGCACACUUCCUCGCGAUUCCUCGCUGAGGAAGCGAUUUAGGCUCAUCCUGCUGGAGUAGAAGAUCCACAUCGAUUGUAGAAGUUUGCGGUUUCUCCCCGUAUUGCCAUCGUUCUCACCUUAUCCCUGCCAGCAUCAGCAUCAGGCACCAAACCAUUUCAUUCAUCGUAGACUUAAUUAAUAUCAAGGCUCAGAUCGUAGUUUAAUCAAAAGAAAUCAGAAGGGACGCGUGAUAGCCACUCCACUCAUAAGUAAAUACUCGUAGUGCGUGUUUAGUUUAGCCAAUUUCGCCGAUUUGUUGUUUUGUACAUUGUUAUACAUGCUUAAAAUACGAUAAUAAAUACAACUUAUGAGUAAAAUGGUAA